AUGCUAGAGCUGAACCAGAUUCCACGGGCAAAUGAAAUCAACUUCGCGGUUCUGACUACUUUGCCUACCUUCUUUCUCACUCUUUCACUGGCUCCAACGUGCGUGGGGCUUCCCCACGUGACUCUUCUGCGUUCUGGAAUCUUUAAUAGGGCCCACUGA